CGAGUCACACACCGUUCUAGGGUUUUGCGAUCUCACCUCCGACGCUUGCUCCUCGCUACGCCUCCAUCGGGGAUUCAUUCGAGUUGGGAUUUCACGUCCGAGACGAUGGUGAGGAGUCUCAAGAAUCCCAAGAAGGCUAAAAGAAAGAAUAAGGGAUCGAAGAAGAGCGAGUCUUCCUCGGUGCCCUCCGCACCGGCUAAGGUAUGGCAACCCGGUGUAGAUCAGUUAGAAGAGGGUGAAGAGCUGCAGUUUGAUCCUUCGACAUACAAUUACCUACGUGCAUUUAGUAUUGGAUGGCCCUGUUUGAGUUUUGACAUAGUGCAUGAUUCUUUGGGAUUGGUUCGGUCAGAGUUUCCACACACAUUUUAUGGUGUUGCCGGAACCCAGGCCGAACAAGCAUCCUGGAAUUAUCUUGGAAUUUUUAAGCUCUCAAAUAUAUCUGGGAAGAAGCGUGAACUAGUCCCUGUUUCGACCGCUGACAAUGAUGUUGACAUGGAUAGUGAGAGCAGCAGCGAUGAAGACGAUGAUGAUGAAGAUGAUAAAUCUUCACAACCUGUUCUACAUUUGCAUAAAGUGGCUCAUCAAGGAUGUGUAAAUCGCAUACGCUCCAUGAUUCAAAGACCUCAUAUAUGUGCUACAUGGGCUGAUACUGGUCAUGUCCAGGUUUGGGACAUAAGCACACUUUUGAAUGCUUUAGCAGAAUCUGUUUCAGACACAACCGUUGGAGGAAAUAGCAUACAUCGACUCUCUCCCAUUGUAAAGUUUGGUGGUCACAAAGAUGAAGGCUAUGCUAUUGAUUGGAGUCCUAUUGUUCCUGGAAGGCUUGUCUCUGGUGAUUGCAAUAGUUCUAUUCACUUGUGGGAACCUUCUGCUGAAACAUGGAAUGUGGAUUCAAGUCCCUUUGUUGGACAUGCUGCUAGCGUGGAAGAUUUACAAUGGAGUCCAACAGAAGCUGAUGUUUUUGCUUCAUGUUCGGUGGAUGGAACUAUAGCAAUAUGGGAUACCAGACUGGGAAAGUCGCCAGCACUUUCUGUAAAGGCACACAACACUGAUGUCAAUGUUAUCUCAUGGAAUCGACUAGCAAGCUGUAUGAUUGCUUCCGGAAGCGAUGAUGGUACCUUUUCUAUUCGUGAUCUUAGACUGAUUAAGGGUGACUCAUUAGUGGCUCACUUUGAGUAUCACAAACAACCCAUCACAUCCAUUGAGUGGAGCCCACAUGAAGCAUCUACUUUAGCUGUUGCAUCUGCAGAUAAUCAGUUGACGAUAUGGGACCUUUCAUUAGAAAAGGAUGAAGAGGAGGAGGCAGAAUUUAAAGCUAAGAUGAAAGAGCAAGUGAAUGUGGCCCAAGACUUACCACCACAACUGCUUUUUGUUCAUCAGGGUCAAAAGGAUUUGAAGGAAUUGCAUUGGCACACACAGAUUCCCGGAAUGGUCACAUCGACAGCAGCUGAUGGCUUCAACAUUUUGAUGCCUGCAAAUAUUGACACUACUCUUCCUUCGACUGAUGCCUAAUCUAUUUAGGCGAAGAGCAUAUCUGGACAAUGCAUCAGCAACUGCAGUCAAAAUGCCGCAAGAUCCAGUUCUCUAGCUGGCACCAGUUUUGAUCUAUGCUUUAAUCAACUUUUGUUCUUAUCUAAGUGUAACAGAAUUUCUUUAAGCAGGUGUGCCUGUACUAUUUCUACCGUGAAUCAGUUAUCGAUCGCCCAAACAUUCUAAGAA